UUGUACGAGGCAGACCUUGGAACCUCGGUUCACUUUACUUCUUCACUGCUAUAGUAUGACAUUCGGAUUUUGUUAACAUUCUAAUAAAUUGUAUACAUUUUUUUUUUUUUUACCCUUGUUCGUAUUGUGCGACCCGACUGCUUCAAUUCAUUUUCCCUACGACGUCUUAUUCAUUUUCCGCGAUACCUCAAAAAACACAAAAACCAUGGAUUCUAAUUUUAUUGAGACUAUAAAAAAUAAUUCUAAGAAAAAUAUAUACAAAAUACGUCGGUUCGACUGCAAUAUAUGUCAAAGGAGGUUUACAAACAAAAGUAAUAUAAUUCGGCAUAUUGCAAAAUCACACUCCAGUAAUUCCGUGGAAAAGAAAGCGCCUCAAAAAAAUAAAGCCAAUCGUCAAAACGUCAGAAUCAGAAAGUAUACUCGAAACAAAGAUGGCCAAUUUAAUUGUGGUAUUUGUUUGAAAAGUGUUUCGUCAAUAUCAAGCUUGAGAAGACAUUGGCGCAUUCAUACGGACCAAAAACCCUUUAAAUGCGAUGCCUGUGCAAAAACAUUUAGUCAAAAAACAAAUCUCGAGGCACAUGCAAGUACGCAUACCGGCGAGAAACCCUUUAAAUGCGAUGUCUGUGAAAAAACAUUUGGUCUACAAUCACACCUCAUAAGACAUAAAAGGGUACACACCGGAGAGAAACCCUAUAAAUGCAAAGUGUGUGCAAAAACAUUCAGUCAACACUCUUCCCUCAAAACUCAUGAACGCAUACAUACCGGCGAGAACCCCUAUAAAUGCGAUGUCUGUGAAAAAACAUUCAGGCAACAAAAUAAUCUUAAAACUCAUGAAAGGGUACACACCGGAGAGAAACCCUAUAAAUGCGACAUCUGUGAAAAAACAUUUGGUUAUCAGUCUACCCUCAAAACUCAUGAAAGGGCACAUACCAGCGAGAAACCCUUUAAAUGCGAUGUGUGUAAAAAAACAUUUAGUCAACAAUCACACCUCAUAAGACAUAAAAGGGUACACACCGGCGAGAAACCCUUUAAAUGCGAUGUUUGUGAAAAAACAUUUAGUCAAAUGCAUCAUCUUAAGACUCAUGAAAGGAUACAUACCGGCGAGAAACUAUUCAAAUGCUGUGUGUGUAAAAAAUGUUUUUAUACACAAUCUAACCUCAAAAAACAUGAAAGGAUACAUACCGGAGAGAAACCCUUUAAAUGCUGUGUGUGUGAAAGAACAUUUGGUUGUCAGAGCUCCCUCAAAAAACAUGAAAGGAUACAUACCGGCGAAAAGCCAUUUAAAUGCAAUGUCUGUGAAAAAACGUUCAGUCAACAAGGUAAUCUCAGGAUACAUGAAAGGAUACAUACCGGCGAGAAACCCUUUAGAUGCGAUGUCUGUGAAAAAACAUUCAGCCGACAAGUUAUUCUCAAAACUCAUGAAAGAGUACAUGCCGGCGAGAAACCCUAUAAAUGCGAUGUCUGUGAAAAAACAUUCAGCCACCAAAGUAGUCUCGAGAUACAUGGACGCAUACACACCGGCGAGAAACCCUUUAAAUGCGAUGUCUGUGAAAAAAACUUUAAUAACCAACCUGGUCUUAAGAGACAUGCACGUAUACAUACCGGCGAGAAACUAUUCAAAUGCGAUGUCUGUAAAAAAACCUUCAUUGAACACUCUGAUCUUAAGAAUCAUGCACGUAUACAUACCGGCGAGAAACCCUUUAAAUGCCGUGUAUGUGACAUAUUUUUUGGUUUCCAAUCUAGCCGGAAAUAUCACGAAAGGAUACAUACCGGAGAGAAACCUUUUAAAUGCGAUAUUUGUGAAAAAACAUUUGGUAUUCAGACUUCCCUCAAAACCAUGAAAGAAUACAUACCGGAGAGAAACCCUUUAGAUGCGAUGUCUGUGAAAAAACAUUUGGUAGACAACAUCACCUCAAAAACCAUGAACUCAUGCAUACCGGAGAGAAACCUUUUAGAUGCGAUAUCUGUGAAAAAACAUUCGGUAGAACAACAUCACCUCAAAAACCAUGAACGCAUACAUACCGGAGAGAAACCCUAUAAAUGCGAUGUCUGUGAAAAAACAUUUCGUAGUUCGUCUCAACUCAAAAGUCAUGAACGCAUACAUAUUGGUUGAGUAAGUUACAAAUGCGCAGCUUGUGGUAAAUCAUAUGGUCGCCAAAAUACUCUCAAAAGUCAUCAAGCAAAAGCACACGGCUCAUAGCUUGAUAAAGCUCACGUGACUAUUUGGCAGUUUUAAUAUCGUUUUUUUAGAAUCUAUUUGUUAUUAUUUUGCUUUUUUUUUUCUUACCAUUUAAUUAAUUUUUAUUAGUUUUCUUUUAAUUUUUUUAUUAUUAAUAUCGUUAAACUCAUUAAUAUAACUAAGACAUUUUCCAUGUAAAUUGUUCGACGGGUCACGUGAAUUAAUUAGUCUUUAUAUUUUUACAAUGUAAUUGUUAAAUUGCAUUAUUUACACAUGCGUUAUAGAAAGAAAAAAAUGUUAAUUUUCUUAUUUUUUAUUAUAAAAUGCCAGUAGUCUUUUAUAAUCACUGUUGGCU